AUGUUUGACAGCUCCCAAUACCCAUACAACUGCUUCAACUACGACGCCGAGGACUUCCCGGCCGGCAGCUCCGACGAGGAAAAGCGGCUCACGAGGCCCGCAUACAGCUACAUCGCGCUGAUCGCAAUGGCCAUCCAGCAGAACCCCGAGGGCCGCGUGACCCUGGCGGGCAUCUACGACUUCAUCAUGCGCAAGUUCCCCUACUACCGCGCCAACCAGCGCGCCUGGCAGAACUCCGUCCGCCACAACCUGUCACUCAACAGCUGCUUUGUCAAGGUGCCCCGGGCUGAGGGCAAUGAGAAAGGCAAAGGCAACUACUGGACGUUCGCCGGCGGCUGCGACUCGCUGCUGGACCUCUUUGAAAAUGGCAACUUCCGGCGGCGGCGCCGGCGGCGUGGCCCCAAGCGGGGAUCCAGGGACGAGGGCGAGGGGGUCCGGGCGCAGGGCGCGGGCAGCCCCGAGGGAGCUGGCGGUCAGGCCCCGCCGGCCUGCGAUCUCACGUCCCCAAGCCCGGCCCGCCGCAGCCCCUCCGCGCUGGGCAAGGCCCAACACGCGGACCUCAAGUUCAGCAUCGACUAUAUCCUGUCCUCUCCCGGGCCUGGGGCACCCCACCCCAAGCUGGAGGGCAGACGCCUGCGAGAGGCCCAGCAGACGGACCUCCACUUGUGGGCAAUGUGA